UUUGGGAGAAUACGCGUUUAUAACUUGGGGAAAAAGUUAUUGAUAUUCAUUCAUAUUCACUGCUUCAUCCCUGAAGUAAGAGAGAGCGGGAGAGAGAAAAUCAGGUGUCAUGUCGAUAUUCGAGUAUAAUGGGAGUGCUUUGGUGGCAAUGGUUGGAAAGAACUGUUUUGCCAUUGCCAGUGAUCGUCGUCUUGGUGUGCAGCUUCAAACCAUAGCUACUGAUUUCCAAAAGAUCUACAAGAUUCACGGCAGGCUUUUCAUUGGCCUUGCUGGUCUAGCCACUGAUGCCCAAACACUGUAUCAAAGACUCAUCUUCAGGCACAAGCUUUAUCAGUUGAGAGAGGAGAGAGACAUGAAGCCUGAAACUUUUGCCAGCCUGGUUUCUGCAAUUCUUUACGAGAAAAGGUUUGGCCCAUAUUUUUGCCAACCAGUAAUUGCUGGAUUAGGGAAGGAUGACAAACCUUUCAUUUGCACAAUGGAUUCAAUCGGAGCCAAGGAGCUUGCCGAGGACUUCGUGGUGGGUGGUACUGCUUCUGAGUCUCUUUAUGGUGCAUGCGAGUCCAUGUACAAGCCUGAUAUGAAACCGGAGGAGUUAUUUGAGACAAUUUCUCAGGCUCUGUUGUCAUCUGUUGACCGCGAUUGCUUGAGUGGAUGGGGAGGGCAUGUAAUUGUUGUUACACCUGAUGACAUAACGGAGCGAACGCUGAAAGGACGGAUGGAUUAAACUCUCUUUGACAAUCCAUUAACGGAUGGAUUAAACUCUCUUUGACAAUCCAUUAAAUCAGAAUUUCAAGUUGCCCGCAUGGGUUUACUCAUAUUUGCUGUUCUUGGUUUUUGUUCUUUUUUGGGGAAACUAUGCUCUCAGUGAUUUUGCAUCCUGGCCUCAAGUGAUUUUUCAUAUAGGUGCUCUUCUAUACUGUUCUCGUAAUUUUGCAUGGUUAUUCCCUCUUAAGUUAAUCCAAAUACGUGGGAAACACUGUAUUAAUGUCUUUGUUUUCUGAUUCAUUCCAAGUAUAAAUGAUAUCUAAAUGUGGUUUUCACGUGCU